AUGUCCUCCGCAGCCCUCCACCAUCCGUCUCCAGCUCAACAUGAACAAGAUAUUGCACAUACCCAAUCCUGGUUUGACGACGACUUCACAGAGUCCCACAUGAAUGCAUCACAUAGGAAAGGCAAAGGCAAGAGACGCAGCGGCGGACAUGAUACAGAUCCUACCAGUCCGGCCUCUUCCUCGGACAACUUGGACAAAAUAGCAUAUCCUCCCGUCAACGAGGAUGCAGAAGAGACUAGGAGAGUAGAAGAGAACCUAAGAAGGUGGGAGAUCGCAGAGAGGCAGCGUAGGAAGGCCGCAAGAGGCUCCACUCAGUCCGCCAAAGCUUCAUCCCUGAUAGAAGAUGUAUCGAAACGCGCUAGCCUGCUGUGGCCAGGCAAGAAAACCAAACAUUCUUCAAUAGGUGGCUCACAUACGGCCCUCGAGUCGCAGGACCACAUCGACGUAGUCCCGUUAAAUCAAGUCGUUACAGCAAGCCCAGUACUAUCUCCAACCCACUCAAACUCGGAUGUCCCCACUCUUCAAGAUCCCUUUGCUAAUCCUCCAGAGCUCAUUUCUCCAUUUGCCGACUCGUUUCAGGUAGCUACGCUAGUCCCGCCAUCUGCAACGGAAGACGGCAGGCAUUUGUCCGCGCCUUUGAACGACGUGACCGACACAGAUGGGUCUAACGGCACAGCUCAUGCUUCAAAACCCCAACGACCCCCUGCCCCUAUGCCUUUGAAUUUGCCACCUCCACGGACACCACCCAUGGGGUCUCCACUCAUGUCGCCUAUUAAUGAUGCUGACGCGCAGCGUAGAGAAGAGCCGCAACGCGCUGGCCGAACAAAUCCUCAGGAAUAG